UAUGUCGAUGGUGCCAAAACAGAUAGUGGUUCAGGAGCCGGCAUCUACUCCGAACAACUGAACGCACCUCUCGGCACGCACACGUCUGUCUUACAAACAGAACUGAUGGGAAUAAUACUGGGAGCUAGAAUCAUUGCUGAACGUGAAAUCGGCAACAAAUCAAUACGCAUACUUACUGACAGCAAGUCUGCACUACUAGCCCUGGACAGCUGUAUGGUUCGAUCCGGGCUGGUUUGGGAGUGCAGACAAACGCUAAAGUAUGUAACGCAGAGGAAUAGUGUGGAACUUUGUUGGAUCAAAGGACACAGUGGCAACGAAGGAAACGAGAGGGCAGAUGAGAUGGCGAAGCGAGCCGCGCGCAUGCCCUUCUGGGGACCCGAACCGGCAAUCACGCCUUCGGUCGCCCUCUCGAACGAACUCGUAAAGCAAUAUACCCAGAGACGCCAUGAGCAGAUAUGGGUGAAGUUGAGCGGCUGUCGGCAUAGUAGAGCUUGUAUGGCGACACCAGACCGCCCAAGGGUUAACCCCGCCCGGCAAACACCCCACCACUGUUUACGUCCGGGGGCUGAAGGUAUAUAAACAACCUCCCUUUAUCGUCCUUUCAUUAUGUCCGAGUUUUCCGAGCUGUGAAGUUGGACAAGUGUUACAAUGGACGGAUCUUCUGGAAGCGACUUCGCCACCGCUGGCCCUUCGAAGAAGCGGUCCUUCGACUGCGUCUCUCCCGCUGAGACGCAAGAGGAGAGGCCGCCGAAGCGGAGACCGGGGAUCGACCCCCAAUCCAUCCAUUCUCAACCUCCUCGUUCUCCUUCGCCUAUAAUUCCCCCUUUUAUUGUUCCAUAUUUCAUCCCCAAUCCUGUUGACAACAUUCCUAUUCCCCACAUCCCCACACCUGCCCACCUCGAUCCCCCGCGAAGAUUUCGCCCAAGGGUGCCAGCCCACUCGAGGGCUGUGAAGACCCUGCUGCCGCUCUUCAUCGCUCAGGCGCCGUCAUCUCAGAAGACUGUGCCGCCAGGGACGGAGCUGCCGCCUCUCCCCGACAUGGACGACGGCCUCAAGCCACUGUCGGAGUAUCAGGCUUUCUGCGUGUGGAGGGCCCAAUGGGAGAGGCAAUACUACCAGGAACGGAGGCUGACCCAUCGAACACUCGAUGCGGCUCUGUUCCUGCAUAGUUAUUGCCUCAGCUUGGACGGUGGCUUUAGGUUAGGUAGUAGGCGCAACUUGGAACAAUCACCUACAAUAAAAUGUGGGCAAUUAGGACUUUUUGAGCUGGAAAGCUCAGGGGAGGGAGCCCCGGGGUUGCUCUCAAGCCGGGGACACGGAUCUCAGGUGCUGAGCGCCCGCGAAAACAAGAGACUAAUCUUAAUUAUCUACAGCAAUAAAACGACAAGUAAAAUAAUAACACGUUCGGCACGGUCGCUCCUCCUGGGCAGAGACUUACUUCAGGACGGGUUCCUCCUGGACUUGGGGGCGGCGAAAUUGGACCUGGAAAUCGGGCGAGGUCGGUACGGCGACCCGGGAGGGGAGCGCGGUGGCGGUACACGACGCGUACACGACGUUGCCGACUUGUGA